AAGUCUACAACGUACCAAAAAUUAAAAAAAAAAAAAAAAGUCUCGGCUCCUCUCCCUUCUUCUUAGCCUUCAGACAAAUAAUUCUGUCUCUAAAAAAAAAAAUUAAGUGAUCAAUAAAGAAGUUGACAUGUGGAAGACAAAGACAACAAUUCUGUCUUUGAUAAUCUCUGCAGCUAUCAUGGCGGAGCCGUCCUCCUCCGCCGGCUCAGAUGCUUUCGUCUAUGGCGGCUGCUCUCAGCUGAAAUUCUCCAUUGAAUCCGCCUAUGGCUCCAACCUCACCUCUCUCCUCUCUUCCCUCGCCGGCUCGGCCGGACUCAGCCGCUACGCCAACUUCACGGCCCACGGAGUGUGCGGACUCUGCCAGUGCAGGGGAGACCUGGACGCGGGGACAUGCUCCGCGUGCGUCUCGCGCGCCGUCGAGCGGAUCGGCGCCAUCUGUCCGGACGCAUGCGGCGGCGUGGUUCAGCUGGAGGGCUGCCUGGUCCGAUACGACAACGUUUCGUUCGUGGGAGUGGAGGAGAAGACGCUCGUCCUAAAGAAAUGCGGAGAACCGAUUGGCCCGGACGACCGGGAAGCGUUGACCAGGAGGGACAACGCGAUGAGCUACGUGGGGUCCACGGGUGGUCCGUACAGGCGCGUGGGUGUGACCGCAGGGGAAGCGCAGGCCAUGGCCCAGUGCGUAGGGGACCUGAGCCCGAGCGACUGCCAGGACUGCGUGGAGGAAGCCGUCGCUCGGCUCGUAUCGGACUGCCCAUUGUCCACGUGGGCCGACGUCUACUUGUCCAAAUGCUACGUCCGCUACUACUCCUCCGGUGGCGUCCCCUCCCACUCCGAGAAGAAGCAGGAGCAUAAAGGAGACCAGAAAACGAUUGGGAUUAUAAUAGGCAUCGUUAUCUUAAUCAUAUUGCUUGUUGUCUUCCUCUCUUUCACUGGGAAACAGUGUCGAAAACUACAAGGAAAACCAAAAUCGAAGGGAUCAUCAUGCGACCACCAUUGUGACCUCCACGAUUAGUAUCUCUUCUCUGCGGCAUUGCAGGAUAGAGAAGGACAAGACAUGAACAAGGCAUUUAGAUCUCUAUUAUAUUUGCUCAAGUUUUCGAUCGAAUCAUUUUAUAUACAAUAAGAUGCUUUUUAGA